GGGGUUCUUUAAGCACCACCUCUCACUAGGCGCGGGAUCCCAAGGCUUGUGGCAUCCGGGGUGGUACUUGGACUAAAAGUCCUUCUGGGAGGGACCGAGUGAGAACCCCUUUGGGACGUGUAGAAAUAUUUGUGUGGUUCGAGAAUAUUUGUGCGGACGGGCUUGGCAAAGGCGUAGCUGCAGAGAGCACGCUUGGGUGGAGAGGGCCGCACGCCCCAGCGCCGGCCUAAGCCCCUCCCGACGGCGUUAUUUCAAACUGCGCGACCGUUUCUCCGCUCCCUACGCGGAGGUGGGGGCCGGACCUAGUUCCGGACGUAGUAACACGCCGAGCGCGAGCCUUCCGCAAUUCACGGAACACAGUUGCGCAAGUGAUGUAAAGCAGUCCCGCUGUACCUAAAGGGGGAGUGUCACGUACUUGGCGUAAGGAGAGUGUAGGCCCUUCCCGCCAUUGGCGGCGGUUAGGGCGUUUACGUAACGGCGUGACGUAAGCGGAGACGCGUUAGUGGGGGGAAGGUUCUAGAAAAGCGGCGGUCUCGGCUCCAGCGGCAGUAGCAGCGGCGCCGGUCCCGUGUGCAGGAGCUCCUUUGCGGCCCAGUUUCUUGGCCAUCGCCUGCUCUCCCCACAGCGCCAGGACGAGUCCCGUGCGCGUCCGUCCGCGGAGGUCUUUCUCAUCUCGCUCGGCUGCGGGAAAUCGGGCUGAAGCGACUGAGUCCGCGAUGGAGAGAGAAAAGGAACAGUUCCGAAAGCUCUUUAUUGGUGGCUUAAGCUUUGAAACCACAGAAGAAAGUUUGAGAAACUACUAUGAGCAAUGGGGAAAGCUCACAGACUGUGUGGUUAUGCGGGAUCCUGCAAGCAAAAGAUCAAGAGGAUUUGGCUUUGUAACUUUCUCAUCCAUGGCCGAGGUUGACGCUGCCAUGGCUGCAAGGCCCCAUUCCAUUGAUGGCAGGGUAGUUGAGCCAAAACGUGCUGUAGCAAGAGAGGAGUCUGGAAAACCAGGAGCCCAUGUGACUGUGAAGAAGCUGUUUGUUGGUGGAAUUAAGGAAGAUACUGAGGAACACCACCUUAGAGAUUACUUUGAAGAGUAUGGAAAAAUUGAUACUAUUGAAAUAAUUACCGAUAGGCAGUCUGGAAAGAAAAGAGGCUUUGGCUUUGUUACUUUUGAUGACCAUGAUCCUGUGGAUAAAAUUGUCUUGCAAAAAUAUCACACCAUAAAUGGUCACAAUGCAGAAGUUAGAAAGGCAUUGUCUAGACAAGAAAUGCAGGAAGUCCAAAGUUCUAGGAGUGGAAGAGGAGGAAACUUUGGUUUUGGGGAUUCUCGUGGUGGCGGUGGCAAUUUUGGACCAGGACCAGGAAGCAACUUUAGGGGGGGAUCUGAUGGAUACGGAAGUGGACGUGGAUUUGGGGAUGGCUAUAAUGGGUAUGGAGGAGGACCUGGAGGAAAUUAUGGAAGUGGAAGUUACAAUGAUUUUGGAAAUUAUAACCAGCAGCCUUCUAACUAUGGUCCAAUGAAGAGUGGAAACUUUGGGGGUAGCAGGAACAUGGGAGGACCAUAUGGUGGAGGGAACUAUGGUCCUGGAGGAAGUGGAGGAAGUGGUGGCUAUGGUGGAAGGAGCAGAUAUUAAGCUUCUUCCUACUUACCAUGGGCUUCACUGUAUAAAUAGGAGAGGAUGAGAGCCCAGAGGUAACAGAACAGCUUCAGGUUAUGGAAAUAACAAUGUUAAGGAAACUCUUAUCUCAGUCAUGCAUAAAUAUGCAGUGGUAUGGCAGAAGACACCAGAGCAGAUGCAGACAGCCAUUUUGUGAAUGGAUUGGAUUAUUUAAUAACAUUACCUUACUGUGGAGGAAGGAUUGUAAAAAAAAAUGCCUUUGAGACAGUUUCUUAGCUUUUUAAUUGUUGUUUCUUUCUAGUGGUCUUUGUAAGAGUGUAGAAGCAUUCCUUCUUUGAUAAUGUUAAAUUUGUAAGUUUCAGGUGACAUGUGAAACCUUUUUUAAGAUUUUUCUCAAAAGUUUUGAAAAGCUAUUAGCCAGGAUCAUGGUGUAAUAAGACAUAACGUUUUUCCUUUAAAAAUUUUAAGUGCGUGUGUAGAGUUAAGAAGCUGUUGUACAUUUAUGAUUUAAUAAAAUAAUUCUAAAGGAAAUUGUGUAAUUAUAGACUUUUUAUUUUAAAUAAGUUAAGGAGUGGGUAGUAUAAUUAAGGUCCAUUGCAAAGCUGUUGUUGUAUUUGUGUAAGAUAAAAAUGCUGGUCAGAUUUAAGUGUGUUGUCUGAAAUUCAUCAGGAAUAAAUUACCUAGUUAACUUAAGGGAUAUCUCUGCAAAGAGAAACACCUUUUUAGAUCUUUUAGAUGCUGCUUCUUCAAUGCAAGGAAAGGAAAUAACCCCAGCGAGGUACUCUUCAGGGACACAGGUCUAGUACAAGAGAACUCUUGACGACUAAUCGCAGCCAGUCUUAAAAAACUGUGCUGUAUCUACAAAGCUUUAACUACAGUAGUUGAUAAGGAUGCCAACGAAAGCUGAGGGUGUAGAGCAAAGUAGUUCUAAGCUUCAGUUAAACUUCUUUAGGUAAGAACUUAUUUACUUUUUCUUUCUUAAUUUUCCUCCCUUAAAAGAUAAACUAAUAAACUCUUCAAUGGUCUUUUCAGUAUAGUUCUUAUGUAGUUUAACAUAGCUUAUAAAUUGAGUUUAACAAUAAACUCAAGAUAAUUUUAUAAACCCUGUUUUCCAAUCUGUCAUUUACUUAAAUUAUUUUGGUUGUUUUCCCUUUUUUUCCUUCUUUCUCACCCCCUCCCUUUCCAUGAAGAUUCAGGUGCUUAACAUAUCAUUUUUUUCCCUGCUGGAAUUUUAGCAUUGAUAUGAACCAUGGACAAGUAUAUUCUGCUGCCACAAAGACUGUAAAGUGCUUCAUUUCAACAGCUGAGGCAAGCCAAGUGAUCAUUAAUAAAGCUUUUCUUGCUUCCUUCAGUGGUGUUGGUAGUAAAAUGGUAGGUAAAAGUUAGGCUGCAAGUUCAAUAAAUGAGAUUUACCUAUCAUUCCACCCUUGUGUAUUCAUUCACCUAUCCUGGUUCAAGCAGUUUGAGUCAACUAGGCAUUUAAAGGCAUUGUGUUUAUUGUGGUAACAACUAUACAUGCUUAUCAGGGAUGAGUCUGACAGUGUUUUCUUACAGUAGAAGUUUCUGUGCAACAGCAGCAGCAAAACCCUCUAUGUACCCUGUACUAAAUAGUUGGGGUAAAAUGUGGUAAUUUUUUGCCCAUUGUCCUGCCCUAAAAUGUUGUAGGUUGGCUAUUGAAAUUUCCUGAAACAGCCCUCUUGAUUUCUAGGCUUUAUUGCCUUUUCAGAAAUGUGAUAUUGAGCGCUUAUUAUACACAUCAGUGAGUCUGCUUUAAUCCUAAACCCACCACUGAAGUUACUUAGGUUCUGUGGACAAACAUGAUAAACUUCUUCAGAUACUUUUUUUUUCCUUUGGCAGGAAGGUGUCUUGCUGCAGGUAACUAAUGAAGAAGUGGUCAACCACAGAGUCUUCAAGAAAUAAGAAAUUCUGUACCAUCUGAAAGUAGUUCUUGUUGGUGCCUUCAUUUAAGAAGCACUUUUAAGAAAAGGGAAUGUUUUCUGAUUUAAAACUUCAUUUAGUACAGGUUCUUAAUAAAAUUACAAAAAUGCUGAUUGUAAAGGGUAACAUCAAAUUAGCAAAGGAUAAUGUAUUGUUUUAGGAUUUGUGAGUAGACAGAUAAGAGCUCUAUUUUAAAUACAAGUUUUAUAAAAUAAAUACUUUUGUAUCCAAA